AUGCCUGGGAGGAAGGCACAUAACGCACAACCGAACCAUGUGUGGACUCCAGCAGAGCUUGAGGCUGAGUGUGCUACUCAACUCAGGAGAAUUGGAGACAAACUGAAUUUCAGGCAGAAGCUUCUGAACCUAAUAGCUAAACUCUUCUGCUCAGGAACCUGA